AUCUUCACUUUCCGCGUGACAGUCCUGCAAGCUUCCAGCAUCUCCGCAGAAUACGCAGACAUCUUCUGCCAGUUCAACUUCAUCCAUCGCCACGAUGAGGCCUUUUCAACAGAGCCCUUGAAGAACACAGGACGAGGGCCACCACUGGGCUUCUAUCAUGUCCAAAAUAUCGCUGUGGAGGUGACGAAAUCCUUCAUCGAAUACAUCAAGAGCCAGCCGAUUGUGUUUGAGGUGUUUGGCCAUUACCAGCAGCACCCCUUCCCACCUCUCUGCAAGGAUGUCCUGAGCCCGCUGAGGCCAUCCCGACGCCAUUUCCCCCGUGUGAUGCCACUCUCCAAACCAGUGCCUGCGACAAAGCUGAGCACCAUGACUCGGCCCAGUGCUGGCCCCUGCCAGUGCAAGUAUGACCUGAUGGUCUUCUUCGAGAUCUGUGAGCUGGAGGCCAAUGGCGACUACAUCCCUGCCGUUGUGGACCACCGUGGAGGCAUGCCAUGCCAUGGGACUUUCCUCCUUCAUCAGGGCAUCCAGAGGAGAAUCACUGUCACCUUGGUCCAUGAAACGGGAAGCCUCAUCCACUGGAAGGAAGUACGGGAGCUGGUUGUGGGUCGAAUCCGGAACACUCCAGAAGCAGAUGAGUCACUCAUCGACCCCAACAUCUUGUCCCUGAACAUCCUGUCCUCUGGGUACAUCCACCCCUCCCAGGAUGACCGGCAGUUUCUUGAUUCGGAUAUGCCUAGCAUUUCGCUGGGAAAUGACACUAGGACUUUCUACCAGUUUGAGGCGGCGUGGGAUAGCUCCAUGCACAACUCGCUGCUGCUCAACCGUGUCACCCCUUACCGGGAGAAGAUCUACAUCACCCUGUCAGCUUACAUCGAGAUGGAGAACUGCACUCAGCCCGCUGUCAUCACCAAAGACUUCUGCAUGGUUUUCUACUCCCGUGAUGCUAAGCUUCCUGCCUCGCGCUCCAUCCGCAAUCUUUUUGGCAGCGGCAGCCUGCGGGCUUCUGAGAGCAACCGUGUGACAGGAGUCUACGAGCUCAGCCUUUGCCGUGUGGCUGAUGCCGGCAGCCCAGGCAUGCAGAGAAGGCGCCGGCGCGUGCUGGACACCUCUGUAGCCUACGUCCGGGGAGAGGAGAACCUGGCUGGCUGGCGGCCCCGCAGUGACAGCCUCAUCCUUGACCAUCAGUGGGAGCUGGAGAAGCUCAGCCUCCUGCAAGAAGUGGAGAAGACGAGACACUACCUGUUACUGCGUGAGAAGCUGGAGACGACCCAGCGCCUGGGCAUGGAGACCCUGUCACCCUGCUCCAGUGAGGAUUCUGAGUCCCGAAGCACCUCCUGCAUCUCCUCCCCACUUUCUGCUGACGGGGCCCCUGAAGGCCGCACCUCACCCCCUGAGACUCCCAGCGAGAGGCAGAAGGAGCUGGCAGUGAAGUGCUUGCGCCUGCUCACGCACACCUUCAACAGGGAGUACAGCCACAGCCACGUCUGCAUUAGCGCCAGUGAGAGCAAGCUGUCUGAAAUGUCCGUGACCUUGAUAAGAGACCCCUCCAUGCCAGCUCUUGGGGUCCCCACUCUCACCCCCUCCUCGACCUGCCCGUCACUGGUGGAAGGACGUUACAAUGCCAUGGAGGUCAGAACCCCCCAGAUGUCCUCCAGGGCAGAGAGUCCUGACCUGGAGACUGUGAUAGAAGGAGAGCAGAAGAAGUCCCCAGCCCGCCGGCCUGAGGAGGAGAAGGAGCCCCAGCGUUUGCUGGUGCCUGACAUCCAGGAGAUUCGAGUCAGUCCCAUCGUCUCCAAAAAGGGCUACCUGCACUUCCUGGAGCCUCACACCAAUGGAUGGGUGAAGCGCUUCGUGGUGGUCCGGCGUCCGUAUGUCUACAUCUACAACUCGGACAAGGAUGCGGUCGAGAGGGCCAUACUCAACCUCUCCAAGGCCCAAGUGGAGUACAGUGAGGACCAGCAGGCCAUGCUCAAGACCCCGAACACAUUUGCGGUGUGCACGGAGCACCGGGGCAUCCUGCUGCAGGCGAGCAGUGACAAGGACAUGCACGACUGGCUCUACGCUUUCAACCCUCUCCUGGCUGGAUCCAUAAGAUCCAAGCUGUCCAGAAGGAGAACAGCCCAGAUGMGAAUCUAACCUGAAAACCACCCUCCACCUCAUCCGUCUGCCAACAGGAUCAAGAUAGCUGAUUCUGUCUGAAGACUCCCCAUGUUAAUAUCUGAUCUUUCACACCAUCUGCUGCCCCAGCUCUCUGCUCCAUGGAAGGAUCUGUCUCGACUCACAGCUUCACAGGGGAAAGUCACUUCUGUUUGUAGCUGCAAAAGCCUGGACCCGCCUGGGCAGGAUUCCUCRUGCACGUGCCAUCUUCUGCCUGUCCCCCCAUGGGUGACCUUCAUAUCACACCAUCUAAUGCUCAAAAAAAGGUCCCUAUCAGAGGGGAGGGGGUGAGAAGGGUAAUUGUGGCCAAAAGCUGGUCUUUGAUCUAGAGAGAUGGGAAUGCAGUAAAGCUCAGAGCUGGGAGAGCAGGAGGAAUUGCCCUCAGGCAAAGGGAAAGUGGUAAUUUAGGUGUGGGAAUUCCCUAAUUUACUGAUGUUUCUGCAAGAGGCAGCGGAGUAAGAUCAGGUGUCAGUACUUUAAGAUUAUAUUUAUAAAGUAUUUAUUUCUAUUUACAUCACAAAAAUCCCCCCAAGUUGAGUCCUGGCCCCCAGCCAAUGCCUCCCCCAGGCAGGGGAGAGCCUUGGUGGUGGGCUGGGUUCCGGAGAUGCCUUCCCAGGACAUCCCUGGCUUGUGCCUGGCAGCAGUGCAGCUCUCACCCUCACUCUAUGCCCUUCCCCAACCAUUUCCUUUGCCUUCCCCUACAGCUCAAACGAUUUUCCCCCUAAGCAGUGGCCAGACAGCCCACCACGUCUUCCCAAAGAAGGCAAUUCCUACCUGCCCCAUCUACCUCUGGAAGGGAGGAGCUCACAGUCUCAGCUGGCCAGGGCACCCACGUCCAUGCGGAUGGGUCACUGCACUUUGGAGCUUGGUCCUAGUGGAGGGAAAAGGAGAGCUCUGGGGAUGGCUCUGCCUGUCACCCUGUGCUGGGCUACCCUAUCCAACCAAAAGCAUGUGGGCCACCUCCACUAUCCCAUCCUGGAAUCCCCACAUGUCUCAUCCAAAGGGAUUUCCCACUCUUAGGGCAGGAUGCCAAGGAUUCCAACCCUGCAGGGAGUGUGGAGGUUCAGGUGGAAAUGGGAAAAUUCCCCAGGAGCCACAACUAGGAAUGACCAUCCCACCCUUACACGGUCCUUCUUGCCCUUUCCCWAAAGGGCUUGCACAUCCCUUCUUCUCCCAGCAGGAUGACAGGCUCAAAGCAGAUCAAAGGGUGUCAGGGUGGGGAUGGGGCUUCUUUUUUCUGUUAUAGCUGAUGUUUUCUCACUCUCCCUCUACUGCAGAAGCGAGCACCCCCCUCCCUCCACCCUGCCUUCAUCAGCAUGUUAAUCUGGGGGCUUCCCACAUCGGAGGUGUUUUUGCUGAAAACACCUUCUCCUCCAGCCAUCACUGCUUCCCACCUCCUCCAGCAGCAGCUCUCUCUCUUCUCCCAUCUCUCACCUAGAUGUUUUUGUUCAGAGCUUCCCAAGUGGCCAGCAGCAUCUGGCACAGCUCCGUGUGGGAAGCUGGGCAUCUUCCUCCGUGCAUCUCCCAGGCAACCCCCCAGCUUUGCUGUCUCUUGUCCAGCACGGCUGCGCCUUGGCUCUGCCGCACCUCCCUGCACUGUCUGUGGGGUGUGGGUGUGCGUGUGUGUGUGUGUGUGUGGGACGUGGUGCUGUCUUCUUGUUAUACUCGUAUUGUGGGGGGCACGGACAGGCAGGGACACGGCAGAUGAGUAGAGGCUUGCAUGGGCCUCCUUGCUGCAUAUCAGGCACCCUUUAGCUUGGGUUUCAGGUCACAGAAAGUKUGGGGAUUUUUCUUAAGCACAUGCUGGUUCUGCCUGGUCUCGCCACAGCUCCUUGGGCGUCUUACCCCAUUAUUACAGCCCAUAGUUGCAGUGGGGCUGCUCCUCUCAGCCCUGCUCCCCUGCCCACGACAAGCUCUCCAUCAAACUGGUCUGUUUUCCUCUCUGUGAUCCAUUUUAGACCUGGAGGCUGACUUGUGCCCUUUAUGGAUGAAGAGGUGCCAGCCUGGAGGCACGGAGAGGCUGAGCUGGGGCAGUGCAGGGGCCAAGGCUGCAAUAUCCUAGCUCCUGUGCUCUGGGCAAAGACUAGUUGGUACCACCCCAGAUUUCAAUGUAAGGGGCUAAGGGUGGAGAAGCAGGGUACCUGAGGAGAGGCUCUUCCAGAAUGAAAGCYGCUUCUGGCAGAGACAGGACCAGUGUCUGUCAGGGACCAGACACCGGUUCGCCGGCCAGAGCUGUGUGGUGCUGCCUGUGCCACAGACAAGACGCAGCCAGCAAAAAGGCAUCCUCCAGCCAGAGCCAAAGCAUGCCUGAGGCCAGCAAACCUGCAGAGCAGGCGGCUGGGCUGGAGGUSGGGGCCGAGGAAGACAGGGCUUCCCGCUGGAUGCGGCACACGGGCCACCCUUGCCAUCUUACAGCAGCGCUCUGACCAGCACCGCGCUCCUUUGUCAUGGUCCUGGCACCCAUCCYCUCGGCAAGGAAUGCAAACCGGAGGUUUCAGCAAGACUAUAAGCCCAACCGGAAGGGAAAUUCCACAGGGCAGCGGGUGGCACGGGAGGCAGGCGGGCAUCGGCGGGCRGGCUGGAGCCAGAAGAGGAGGGAGGCCGCUCUCCGGUCCCCGCCGGCGCUCCCUGCCGCGUGCCAGGGGGCAGUACUGCGGGUCCUGGCCGUCCGUGCGCACGUGAGGCUUGUUCGGUUCUGAAAUAAAUGUCGCAUU